UGCCUUGUCACAAUGAAUAACAACAUUCUGUUCACGCCUGAGUUCAGCAACUGCUCAUUGCCUCCGGCCGCUCUCUGUUUACAGCCGGUUUGGGAUUGGAUGCGCAGCAUGGACAGCUGGAUAAAGUCGCCCUUCUUCCCUGUGAGCUUUUCCUUGGGAUGCUACCUCGCUUUCUGUCUGCCUUACACUGUCCUGGACUUCCUGGCUCCAAGGGUCGCCUUCCUGCGGAAAUGCAAGCUUCAGACACAGAACGAUCCAAAUGCGAAGAUGAUGGCUAACUGCCUGGCGCUGACCCUGUACAAUCACAUUCUCUACAUCUUCCCGGUGUCAGUGGCGCACUGGUACUGGCGCCCGAUGGACCUGCCGCUCGCUGCGCCUGAGCUGCCCAAGAUGCUUUUUGACAUCGUGGCCUGCCUCCUCCUUUUCGACUUCCAGUACUUCGCCUGGCAUGUCCUCCAUCACAAGGUGCCCUGGCUCUACCGAACCUUCCACAAAGUUCACCACAAGUACACGGCCCCCUUCGCUGUUACAACCGAGUACACGGGUGCCUGGGAGACCCUCUCGCUGGGAUUCAUCGCCGCUGUCAACCCAGCAAUGCUGGGCUGCCAUCCUCUCACCAGGUUCCUCUUCUUUACCAUCAAUAUCUGGCUGUCGGUGGAGGUCCACUCGGGCUACGAUUUCCCCUGGUCCACGCACAGGCUGGUGCCGCUUGGACUGUACGGAGGGGCUCCUCAUCAUGAUCUGCACCACAUGAAGUUCAAAAUCAACUAUGCUCCCUACUUCACACACUGCGACAGGCUCCUGGGAACCUACACCACACUACAUAAAAAGUUCCAGUGAUUUAUUUGGAACUAACUUGGUGAAGGUAUUUUCAGAGACUAAUUUAUGUAUUGUAGGCUCUUAUUGAGGAGCAUCACUGUGAUUUACCAUGAAAUGAACUACUCAGAAGACUGCUGUAAAAAGAACAUACUCAUUAUUUUUUAAUUGCAAAGCACUUUGUUGAUUAUUCUUGUUACUGAUUUCUUUAAGGUUAAUCUUCACUGCAGGUCAGUGAUUAAAAGUAACUGAACUCGACAUAAAUGUUACAUUACAAUGCACUUUUGUGAUUUUUGUUACUAAAGAUAUUGCUAUAUAUUUCUUCAUAAAGUUUCAAAAUUAUAUGUAUGCAUUUAAUAUAUGAA